GCCCGCCCGCCGCGCUCCGCCUCGGCGCCUGCAGCCGCCACGUCCCGCCGCCAUGAGCUCCCCGAGCGACGCAGACGGCGCAGCCGGCCGCGAGCCCGCCCUGGAGCUCCUGUCCCGCGCGCAGCUCCGCGCCGCCCUCCCCGCCGCAGGGGCGGAGGGGCCGGCGGAGGCGUGCGGGGCGCCCGAGGCGUGCGGCGAGCGCCGGGGGCCGGGGCUGGACGCGGCGCUGGACGCGGCGGCGCGGGAGCGGCAGCUGCAGCGCGAGCUCCUGGCCCUCAAGCAGCAGCAGCAGCUCCAGAAGCAGCUGCUCUUCGCCGAGUUCCAGAAGCAGCACGAGCACCUCACGCGCCAGCACGAGGUGCAGCUCCAGAAGCACCUCAAGCAGCAGCAGGAAGCGCUGGCCGCCCGGCGGCAGCAGGAGCUGGAGCAGCAGCGGCAGCGCGAGCGGCAGGAGGCCCUGGAGCAGCAGCGCCUGGAGCAGCUCCACGCCCUGCGCACCAAGGACAAGAGCCGCGAGAGCGCCAUCGCCAGCACCGAGGUGAAGCUCAAGCUCCAGGAGUUCCUGCUCAGCAAGACGAAGGAGCCGGCCGCCGGCGCCCUCAACCAUUCCCUCCCCCAGCACCCCAAAUGUUGGGCUCACCAUACCUCGUUGGACCAGAGUUCCCCUCCGCAGACGGGCAGCCCGGGCACGCCGCCGUCCUACAAGCUCCCCCUGCUCGGCACCUACGACAGCCGGGACGACUUCCCGCUGCGCAAGACCGCCUCCGAACCCAACCUGAAAGUGCGCUCGCGGUUAAAACAGAAGGUAGCGGAGCGGAGGAGCAGCCCGCUGCUGCGCCGGAAGGACGGCACCGUCGUCAGCACCUUCAAGAAGCGCGCCGUCGAGAUCACGGUGUCCUCGGUGUGCAGCAGCGCGCCGGGCUCCGGGCCCAGCUCGCCCAACAGCUCCAACAGCGCCAUCGCCGAGAACGGCUUCACCGGCUCCGUCCCCAACAUCCACGCCGAGCUCCUGCCCCAGCACCGAGCCCUCGCCCUGGACGGCGCCGGCCAGCUCAGCCUCUACACGUCCCCGUCCCUGCCCAACAUCUCCCUGGGGCUGCAGGCCACCGUCACCGUGACCAACUCCCACCUCAACGCGUCCCCCAAGCUGCCGCCGCAGGCGGAGGCCGAGCGCCCGGCGGUGACGGCGCUGCGCCCCGGGGCCGCCCUCACCGGCAAGUUCCUGAGCACCUCGUCCAUCCCCGGCUGCCUGCUGGGGGUGGCCCUGGAGGGGGAGGCGCCCGGCCCCGCGUCCCUGCUGCAGCACGUGCUGCUGCUCGAGCAGGCGCGCCAGCAGAGCACCCUCAUCGCCGUGCCCCUGCACGGGCAGUCGCCGCUGGUGACGGGCGAGCGCGCGGCGGCGGGCGCGCGGGCCGUGAGCAAGCUGCCGCGCCACCGGCCCCUGAGCCGCACGCAGUCGUCCCCGCUGCCCCAGAGCCCCCAGGCCCUGCCCCACGGCGCCCUGCAGCACCACUUCCUGGAGAAGCAGCAGCAGGUCCAGCUGGGCAAGCUGCUCUCCAAGCCGGGCGAGCUGGCGCGGCAGCCCACCACCCACCCCGAGGAGACCGAGGAGGAGCUGACGGAGCAGCAGGAGCCGGCGCCGGGCGCCGGGGGCCCCCCCGGCCCGCCGCCGGCCCUCGCCCCCCCGGACGCCGGGGGCCCCCCCGGAGCCGCUGCGGGAGGCCGAGGGGCCCCGCGACGAGCCGGGCGACAGCGGGGACGAAGCCGAGGCCGCCGGGAGCCCCGAGGUCGCCGAGCUGGGUGUCACCUACAAGCAGGACCCUCCCCGGCGCAGGUGUUCGCCGACGCGCAGCCGCUGCAGCUCUACCCCGCGGCGCCCCUGGGCCUCCUGGCGCUGCCGCACCAGGCGCUGAGCCGGACCCAGUCGUCCCCCGCCAGCGCCGGGCUCAAGCCCCCCGCGCCUGACGCCCCCCCCAAGCACCUCUUCACUACAGGCGUCGUCUACGACACGUUCAUGCUGAAGCACCAGUGCGCCUGCGGGAACACCACCGUGCACCCCGAGCACGCCGGGCGCAUCCAGAGCAUCUGGUCCCGCCUGCAGGAGACGGGGCUGCUGGGCAAGUGCGAGCGCAUCCGGGGCCGCAAGGCGACGCUGGAGGAGAUCCAGACGGUGCACUCGGAGCACCACGCGCUCCUCUACGGCACCAGCCCCCUCAACCGCCAGAAGCUCGACAGCAAGAAGCUCCUGGGUCCCAUCAGCCAGAAGACGUACGCGGUGCUGCCGUGCGGGGGCAUCGGGGUGGACAGUGACACGGUGUGGAACGAGAUGCACUCGUCCAGCGCCGUGCGCAUGGCCGUGGGCUGCCUCGUGGAGCUGGCCUUCAAGGUGGCCGCCGGCGAGAUCAAGAACGGCUUCGCUGUCAUCAGGCCCCCAGGGCACCACGCGGAGGAGUCCACGGCCAUGGGCUUCUGCUUCUUCAACUCGGUGGCCAUCUCGGCCAAGCUGCUGCAGCAGAAGCUCAGCGUGGGCCGUAUCCUCAUCGUGGACUGGGACAUCCACCACGGCAACGGCACGCAGCAGGCCUUCUACGGCGACCCCCCACGUGCUCUACAUCUCCUGCACCGCUACGACGACGGCACUUUCUUCCCCGGCAGCGGGGCGCCCGAGGAGGUCGGCAGCGGGAUGGGAGUGGGCUACAACAUCAACAUCGCCUGGACGGGCGGCGUGGACCCCCCCAUCGGCGACGUCGAGUAUCUCACCGCCUUCAGGACCGUGGUGAUGCCCGUGGCCACCGAGUUCUGCCCGGACGUGGUGCUGGUGUCGGCCGGCUUCGACGCCGUCGAGGGUCACCUCUCCCCGCUCGGCGGCUACUCCGUCACGGCCAAAUGUUUCGGCCACUUGACCAAGCAGCUGAUGGAGCUGGCGGGCGGCCGGGUGGUGCUGGCGCUGGAGGGGGGCCACGACCUGACGGCCAUCUGCGACGCCUCCGAGGCCUGCGUCUCCGCGCUGCUGGGCCUGGAGCUGGAGCCGCUGGAUCCGUCCGUGCUGCAGCAGAAGCCGAGCGCCAACGCCGUGGCCGCCCUGGAGAAGGUCAUCGAGAUCCAGAGCGCGCACUGGGGCUCGGUGAAGCGCUUCGCGGCGGCCGUGGGCCGCUCGCUGCUGGAGGCGCAGCAGGGCGAGGCGGAGGAGGGCGCCGUGACCGCCAUGGCGCUGCUCUCCGUGGGCGCCGGGGGCAGCCCGCGCCGCGCCAGGGCCGCGGAGGAGCCGAUGGAGGCAGAGCCCGCGCUGUGA